AUGGACGGCAUCAGCACCACCUUUGAUCCGGACGAUCUCUCACCCCAGCCUCGACCACCAGUGCAGCCAACUCGACCUCGAGAAAAGUCGAAACGUCCCCAAUUAUCAUGUAACCCAUGCAGGGCUCGCAAGGUCAAGUGUGAUCGCAUCCAGCCCUGUACGGCGUGUUCUCUACAUCAGAUCGCCGAGCUAUGUGAAUUCGACCUCUCCGAAGCUGAGCGGCAGCCCAUACUUCAAGCAGAGGCGCUGAAGGAACGAGACAAGACGAUAGCUAAUCUUCGCAAUGAAAUGGCCAUUCUACGUGGAGAACCCAUCAAAGCCGAGCCGACCGACGACAACAUUUUUGCACGUAGCGGACAAAAGAUCAAAUUGCCUCCCAAAGUGACCAAGAAGCCUUCACCCCUACCGCCACUCCAAAUGCAGGCAUUCAGUGGAGACAUAAAUGACAACAUCUACUUUGGAAGCCCAGGCAUGACCAGUGUUGUCGAAGAGUUCGCGCAUCUCGCUUUUGACCGUAGACCUUCGAAUCUCACUCAUGCCCUUCCUCGUGCCACUGAUAUCUUCGCCUUUCAACUCGCAACGUCUCAUCCAUUUCCUACCCUUUGGUCUGCUAAAGAUGACACAUCGAGCCUGGUCAAGCUGCUGCCACCCGAGCAAGAUCUCUUCUUUUAUCUCGAUGCUUUCCAACGUCGCGCACAGUUCUGCUCUUUCCCUCAUGUGCCCGAUCAAUGUACAAACAACGAGGUCGCACGAUUCCUGGAGAACCUUGAGCACAACGCAGCUCUCUACCCCGACAUGCUGGCUUUGCUUUUCGCCACCCUAGCGCAAGGCUUGCAGGAUGGUGUGUACGACAAAUUUGGCGGGAAAUGGGUUGCCGGUAGCGUUGAACAGGAGUCAAAGAAGGGCGAUGUCUACAUCGCUGCCGCUUAUCAGUGUUUGAGGCUUGCUUCAUUCAUGAGCCGGCCAACAUUACUUGUCAUUGAGGCACUGGUGAUGAUGGGACCAUACCUUACCAACAGCGGCAAGUUUCUUGAUGCAUCGGCUCUUUUCGGCGGCACUGUCAGGCUUGCUCAAAGUAUUGGCUUGCACCGGGAUCCAAGUCAAUUGAACCCUCCAGCACCUCCCAAAGAGAUGAACAUUCGAAGAAAUCUUUGGUGGUGGAUGAUACACAUGGAUCAACAGUACUCAAUGGCGCUGGGGAGACCUAUGGCAAUAUCAAGCAUGGGCGAUUGCCGACCACCGGAGCCGAUAGUCCCAGAUCCGCUCGUCCAGAGCCUUUCCAACUAUCUCGUUCAAUUCAGCAUCCUGGGACGCCAGAUCCUGUCUGCUGGCUACCUGAACAACGAUCAAAUUGACAAAUUCUCCGACGAUUUGUUGGCCCUGCAAAAGACUCUGCCUCCUCUGAUUUCACUUGAUAUGAGCUGGCUAGAUAAGGACAAGGUACUCCCAGGAUGGCCUUUGGACGCUCAAGCAGGGGUCUUGCACGCAAAGACGCACAACUUUCUUAUCCUGUUGAACCGACAACGAAUUGAGAAUGUGCGUCGUAACUCUGACGGACCCAAUAUCAACUUCUCCCCUGUCUAUCCCAGUGUGGAUGCAAACAAUGUGCCCCGCGGCAGAGGUCGUGUCCUCAUGUCCUGCCGAGCGCUUCUAGUUGCUUUUCAAUUCUUCUCAACUCGAGUCCGUGCGGCCAUGAUCUGCUGGACGAUGGGCCAAAUGGCCUUCAACGCGGCCAUGAUCCUACUCUUGUCCAUGCUUGAGACAGGUGACACUCAGGAUUUGGGCGCAGUUCAACAUACGUACAGCACCUUCCUCGAAAUGAACAAAUUAGGCAUUCAUAGACUAGCUGGCGCGGCAGUUGAACGACUGGGUCUUUUGAUGAAAGAAUUCCGAGCAGGUGAUCCUGCGAACGAGACUGUGAUGGGGCAGCAAGGCAUGAUGCUUCUGGAAGAUCCUGGGCUACAGGGUUCUAUGCCUGAAACAUUCUCGCCCCUCAGCUUCCAAAUGGCCGGUGGGUCUGACACCCCAGGCAUGAGGAGGGAAGGUAGCGACACAGGGUAUCGUACAGAAGCGUCACAACUUGCAAGAAAGAAGGCACAACGCAAAUCAGGUACCGGUCGCGAGGGGAAAGGAAAAUCAGAGAAGAAAUCUAUUGGAAAGUCCGCUCAGCGGCCGUGGACAGACCGUCGCUUCUCCGACGGUGCAACACCCAAACAGUCUCGAAAACGCAAAGCCAAUCGAGGCACGCCUAUUCUUUCUCUGUCUACUGUCCUUCCAGGUCAACACAACUUCUCGGUCACGCCACAACCAGCCAUUAAGCCUGAAGAUGAUCUCUUUUCGCCAAUUCAGUCAACAUACCAAGGCUUCCACCCCAUCAACUCCCCACAACAACACCAACAGCAGCAGCAGCAGCGCCAUCACUUCGAAACCACGCCUCGUCCGCAAGCGUUCCCCCAACCCCAUCAGCAUGCCGCAACUUUAGCCCACAACAAUCAAUCCCACGCGGCAUCAGAUCCUGGCGAUCACACCUUUGCUUUCAGCAAUCAGACCACCCCUGGGUCAGCCGGCAACUACUUCGAUGAAACUUUAGGUCAUCAUUUCGCCGGCGAAUUCGACCUUCACACGCCCUACUCGGCGCCACCUUUCAGUUUGCCGGACGACCCUUCGUCCUCGUACGCACAGCACUUUUAA